AUGAUCGUGCGAAAACCCUCGUCCCACUUCACCAACUCUUCCACCUCAUCCACCAAUUCCUCCCUCAAGACCCCCUCCGCGUUCGCCGAGGAGUGGGACGCCGACGACGAGGACGCCAUGUCCGCUGCGGACGACUACGUCCCAUCGCGGCCGCUUACCGUCGCGAUCCCCAACGUCGGUGCACAUGGACCCUACUGCCCGCGAAGACCGAAUCUGCGCGAGAUCCUCGCCAACACCUCCCCUCCCCCGUGGACCUUGGCUGCAUUCAUGGCGUACCUCUCCAACAACCACUGUCUGGAGACACUGGAAUUCACAAUGGACGCGGGGAGGUACAAGAAACACUACGCGAAGAUGAUGUCGAGAGCGGGAGACGGAGGAGUACCUCCUGCGAAGGAUCGAGAGUACGUGCAGGCGCUGUGGCAGCGUCUGGUGGAGGCAUACAUACAACCCAAUGGCUCGCGAGAGGUCAACUUGCCGUCGGACGUGCGGGAUCCCAUCUUGAGCCUCCGAGCGUCGACGAUGCCUCCUGCUCCGGACAAUCUGGACCCGGCCGUCGCAAAGAUCUACGAGCUCAUGGAGGAGUCAGUACUGGUGCCAUUCCUGAACAGCGUGUACCCCCAGUCAGCGCGUGCCACUGUACAAUCAUGUCCAUACGAGACGUCGGAUGACAGCGUAUCGAUAAUGAGCCGGGCGAACGAGGAUCGGAACAGCAGAUACUCACGGCGGUCACGGUAUACACGAAGCUCGCCUCCUCCGCAAACCGCGGUGGAGCCGCACGCGAACACCUACUCGGCGCCAUCGCACUAUCGCCAAUCGGCGCCGCCUGUCUCGGCGUCAGCCUCGCCGCAGCGGUCACGCUUCAAUGUCAAGCUCACGGCCACCACGUCUUCGCCUGCCGCUAUCGCGGUUCCCUCCGGGACAGGGUCUGACGGGUCAGGCGGACAGGGGUUGACCGAAGAUUCCGGAAGCACCUCUUCGCCCACCAACGAGAGUCCCAUGACACCACCGCCCACCAGUCCCGGCAGCAGCGAGGCACAGUCGCCCAAGAGAGAUUCGGGGAUGUGGAAGAAGAUCUCGAGAUUGUCGGGCAUGAAGGUGGGGAGGAAGAAAAGCCACAGCGGACUCAAGGAGGAAGAAUCGCGGUCCACCAAGUCGUCGUUCUCCACUACCCAGCGGUCGGUGUGA